GGAGUUCAGUCACUUGUCUAUCAUGUGACUUGGGAUUGCACAAUCAUUAUAUGCAGCCUUGUUUUUAACAUUAUCAUCUUCUUCUUUUCUGGCUUACAUUAUGGACGAAGUAUCAUGUGUUUGCAUUAGGAUCAAAAGCUUCUACUAUGCUCGUCUUUUGUUUCUGCUGUUCUGUGUCACUGGCUGCUUCUCCUUCCUCAACUAUCGGCCGUCCUGUGGAGUUGGCGGCUGUUCCCCAGGGCCACCUGUGGUGCUCGUGCCAGGGGACUUGGGAAACCAGCUGGAGGCGAAAUUAGAUAAACCGUCAGUUGUGCAUUAUAUGUGCUCUAAAAAGACAAAUGAUUACUUCACUCUGUGGCUGGAUUUGGAACUGCUGCUGCCUAUAAUUAUUGACUGCUGGAUUGAUAACAUCAGGUUGGUUUACAAUAAAACAAGCAAAACUACUGCCCCACCAGAGGGAGUUGAUAUCAGAGUUCCUGGUUUUGGGCAGACUUAUUCCCUGGAAUUCUUGGAUCCAAGUAAAAGGAGUGUAGGUUCAUAUUUUUACACACUUGUGCAGAGCCUGGUAGCUUGGGGAUAUACCCGUGAUGAAAAUGUGAGAGGAGUACCUUAUGACUGGCGCAAAGCUCCUAAUGAAAAUUCUGAAUAUUUUGUGGCUGUUCGCAAGCUAGUGGAGUCUAUGUUUGAGUCAUAUCAAAGUCCUGUAGUUCUUGUUGCUCACAGCAUGGGAAAUCUGUACACCCUUUACUUCCUCAACCAGCAAACACAGGAUUGGAAGGAUAAAUAUAUACAUUCCUUUGUGGCUCUAGGUGCUCCAUGGGGUGGUGUGUCUAAGACUCUGCGUGUCCUGGCUUCAGGAGAUAAUAAUCGCAUUCCAGUGAUUAGCUCCCUAAAACUUCGCGACCAGCAGCGGUCAGCUGUUUCCACAAAUUGGCUACUCCCUUAUAACAACACUUGGCCACAGAAAAAGGUUUUUGUAAGAACCCCCCAAAAAAACUACACAAUAAAGGACUACAAGAUGUUCUACGAGGACAUUGGAUUCCAAGAUGGAUGGGAAAUGAGGAAAGAAACAGAAGGACUUGUAUCUUCACUAAAUCCUCCUGGAGUGGAUGUACACUGUCUUUAUGGGACUGGAGUGGACACCCCUGAUUCGUUCUCAUACGAUUCUUUCCCAGAUAAAGAACCCACUACAGUUUAUGGGGCAGGGGACGGGACAGUUAAUUUGGAAAGCGCUUUACAAUGUGGAAAGUGGCGGAAUCGGCAGAGACAGAAAGUGUCAUUGGUUGAGCUACCUGGAAAUGAACACAUUGCUAUGCUGUCCAACAUUUCAACCAUCUCGUAUGUAAAGAAGAUUUUGUUUGGAUUGUAGAUCUAGAUUAUGAACUGGAGUUGCUGCUUUUAUUGGGUAGCAUAGUGCACAAGUUUUUGUACCAGCUACUUGUUAGUGACAAGGAAAUGUAUUUUGCUGCUUCAGUUACAUUCUAGAACUGAACAACCAUGCCCUCAAUGAAUCCUAAAAUACGCACCUUCAAACCAUAUUUGUUAUAAAAAUGUUUUGUUUCAUUUUUUACAGCCAUGUGAAAUUACUGAAGUUCAUGCAUAUUUUUGUAUGUAUAAAGUGGCCACAUAAUUUGUAUACCUGAGAAAAUGAAGGAUGGGUUUAAGCCUUACUCUAAUUUGUUGAAGGUAUGCUAUCAGUAUUUAAUACCAUAAACUUUUCAUCUUGUUUUUUUAUUUACACAGGGUUACAAUUCAUCUGGCACUUUAUAGGCUUGCUAUUUUCAAACCAGUGCUACACACAUACCUCCAAAACUAGGUAUGUAGUGCAUAUUUAAAACAUGCCAUCAACAGUUCUUCUGUUGUAUACACACAACAGAAUUGUUUAGGAAACAUUUGAAUUGCUGGCAUUCAAUUUGAACUCCUUAUAGAAUUUAAUGACUGUGGCCUGAUUUGGGUAACUGAUUUCUCCAUGCUUCUGCAACGUUCAUUGUAGGCGAUAGAUUUAACAGACAUAGAUUUACAAACCUCUCUGCAUAAUUACCUCAGACAUUUUAGCUAAACACCUGAUAUUUUUGGGAUAUUUCUGGGAUAAUAAAACUAUGUGCAGGCACAAAAAUGUUAACAUAGCUAUAGAUUAUAAUAGAAUUUAUUUUCCAAAAAUGGGAUUGAUGUUAUAAAGGGUAUUUACUUUGGGACAGUGGCACUUUUCCAGCUUGCCAUUAUACCUUUAAUAACCCCUCUUCAGCCUCCCCAAUGACUUCAUGAUCCCCUGAUUAUAGACUUCAGAUGGGGUCUGACUCCUUUACCCAAUGUCCUGGCAGUCAAUGCUUUGCCAUAAGGAUAGGCUAACUCAUGAUGUCCAUUUCUGAGGCAUUAGAGAAAGGAGCUGCCAAAAAAAUUUGUUCUAGGUGUAUGCAGGGAAGCAGGGGGCUUCAUCCAGAAGAACGUCUUUCACCAGAGAGAUUACUGAAGUAGUAGUGACAUGUUCCUGCUAAAUGUGUAAAGUGUCACUAUCAAAGUUAUUCUGCAAAAGCAAGGCUGCUGUCUGAGCUGCUAUGCGGGCUGGCAUUAAACUUGUACCGCCAUAUGUUACGGAUGCACAAAUGAAAAAAAUAAUAAAUACAUACUGUAUGUUAUAGUAUGAGAAUUUAUUUUAACAAAAAUACAUUUAAAUAGUUACAUUGAUGUGAUAAAAACAUGCCCUUCAGAUAGCUACUUGCCUUCCCUGCCAUAUGAGCCUAGGUACUCAACACUCUUUAGAGCAGAAUCUCCAGUGUUUUCACUUAUGUAUACUGCCUUUGUUAGGAUAUUCAUCAACGGGGUUGAAAAAAAAUCCUAUUUGAUUUAGGUGGCCAAAUCAGGUAAGUAGCCACUAAUUUGGAGGCUGUGCCAUUAAAACAAGGCAGAAGAAACAUAUUACGUUCACAAAUCUAUCUAUCCACUGGACAAAUACAAAGGAAAAGUAUCUUCCUUUAUACUCUUGUGUUUGCCACAUUUUGGUGGGAUCCCAACAGAUUAAGGCUAUAAAAGUAAAAUAAAAUGCUACUCUAACUCUAAACCCAAAGUUAAUUUAACUGCACAAAAUGAAUGUUUUUAUAUGUUUAUUUCUGUUUGUGUAAAGUAGGUCACAAUACGUUAGGAGAAAGUGAUGUUCAAACUCAGAUUUGCAUGUAGGCCAAAUCACAAUGUUCUAUCUAUUGCAAAAACAUGUUGUGCCCAGUUGUGUAUUGAGGCAGUUGUGUCACACUGUGAAGAAAUAUGUUUUGUGACAAUCUUUUUGCCUUUUGUGCCUUGAUAUUUAAAUAAAUAUUAUAGUGAAAUAAA